AUGUCCGACGUAGCUGCCAAAUACCAAUCUGUUCAAGGUGAACUAGAAGAAUUAAUUAUUGCAAGACAAAAAUUGGAAACACAAUUGCAAGAAAACAAAAUAGUUAAUGAUGAAUUCAAUGAUUUGAAUGAAGAUACACCUAUUUAUAAAUUAACUGGUAAUGUCAUGUUACCUAUUGAACAAUUCGAAGCCAAAUCUAAUGUGGAAAAAAGAUUAGAAUUUAUCGAGAAUGAAAUCAAACGUUGUGAGGAAAACAUUAAAACAAAGCAAGAUGAACUGGAUAAGUUAAGAGGGGAACUAAUGAAGAUGCGCGGUGCUAACUAG